AUGGGACAGCUCACCGAGGCCGAACGUUUGGCAUCCUGCCCCCUCUUAGUGUCUUUGAGGGUCGCCCUCACCGAGGGCCUGUUUAUCACUCUUCUCCUCUCUGGAAAGUGUCUUCAGGGAAUGAGUGAUGCUGUUGGAGGGAAGCUCAACAGAACACUCUCACGUCUACAGCAAACGAACAUGCCUCGUGUCACACAUUUCGACACGGACAUGGGCGGUCUCUCGUUCGCUCCCAAUGGCCAUCGCGGCCAUGCAGCGAGCAAUGCGAGCCUCCUGGCUCCUCGAGUCUGUCAACGUCUUAAUGGAGCUUCCUGGCAUUCGCGAUUCGGCCAUCGCGGCCAUGCAGCGAGCAAUGCGAGCCUCCUAGUUCCUCGAGUCUGCUUGCUCAUUGCCACUCAAGCCGAUCGAAAGGCAUGGACGAAACUGCAUCCCGAGAAUUGA